CGGACUCUUGUGAUUAUCGGGAAUGUUAUCUCCUUUGUAUUGUUCUUCUCACCAGCUCCAACUUUUUACAAAAUUAUAAAAAAGAAGAAUGUGGAGGAGUUCAAGCCAGAUCCAUACAUAGUUACUUUGUUGGCUUGUGCUAUUUGGGUAUUUUAUGAAACACCUUUUCCAAAGGUUAUAAAAACCAAGAGUGUGAAAUAUAUGCCGCUCUCUUUGGCCAACUUCCUUGAUGGUUUGGUUUGGACAACAAAUGCUCUCAUCAGCCCCUUCGCUCUCAAGCAUCCUUUCGGCUUUUAUGUCAUGCACCAGUAUUGGAGCAAAAUAUCUGGACUUGUUCAGCUCAUACUAUAUGCUUAUUAUUCGUACAUGGGAGAAAAUAAUGUUGAUGAUUAUGCUCAUCAUAUUCUAAAUCCAGCUGUGGUUACAAUCUGA